UAAAACCCCACCUCUUGGUUUUGAUUUCCGAGAAGCAGCAACGAGAACGACGGAAACAGAAGCCAAUGGAAGGGAACAAGAUCAAGUUGGCAGUCACUGUAGUUUCUCUGGUAGCACUCUCGGUCUUGUUCACGAAGGUGUAUCGGAGACGCCGGAAACAAAAAGGCACUCCAGGUUCAUGCUAUUUGCAUACUGAUCCAAAGCCUCAGCAUACCUUCAAGCGCGUUUUAGCUAACAAUUCAUACUCUCCCUUCAAGCAUCUGAAGCGUAAUGACACUAACAAUGAGACUUCUUCGAGUUUGCAUCCGUAUGAAGCAGAAAUCUCCACUUUAAUUGAGAAACCAAGUAUCGACUUCAACUUCAUUUACGAUGAAGUGGACUUGAAAAUGAGGGAUGAGUAUGUUUGGGUUGAGACUGAAUCGCAAUUGAAGGAGCUAGCUGAUGCAUUGAGUAAGGAGAAGGUUUUUGCAGUAGAUACUGAGCAGCAUAGCCUACGAUCAUUUCUAGGUUUUACAGCUCUAAUACAGAUUUCUAGUAGGAAGGAAGAUUAUUUGGUGGACACAAUCGCCCUGCAUGAUGUGAUGCAAAUUCUUCGCCCAGUUUUUGCUGAUCCUUGUAUCUGCAAGGUAUUCCAUGGCGCUGAUAAUGAUGUCCUUUGGCUACAAAGAGACUUCCAUAUAUAUGCUGUUAAUUUGUUCGACACUGCCAAGGCUUGUGAUGUGUUGUCAAAGCCACAAAGAUCACUUGCAUACUUACUUGAGACUUACUGUGAGGUGGCCACAAACAAAUUGUUACAGCUCGAAGAUUGGAGACAACGCCCACUUCCCCCAGAAAUGGUUGAAUAUGCUCGAAUAGAUUCACAUUAUCUAUUGUAUAUCGCAGGGUGUUUAAACGCUGAGCUCCAACAACAGGACGAUGAAAGCUCAUCUUGUCCCAAUGACAAACUCCAUUUUGUUUACGAGGCUAGUCGGCGUUCAAACAUGAUUUGUAUGCAACUAUACACUAAAGAAAUUGAAGCUUCUCCUGGGCAGUCUGCUGCUUCAUCCAUUAUUUCCCGUCAUUUCAUUGGUCGGGGAGAUAUCUCAUCAGUUUCUUUUGAAAUGCAGGAACUUGUGAGAAGAUUGUGCACAUGGAGAGACUUAAUGGCUCGCGUUCAUGAUGAGAGCUUGAGAUUUGUGCUAUCAGACCAUGCUGUCAUUGCCCUAACAGACAAAGUUCCAACAAGUCCAACAGAAAUAUGUAGCACCAUAGCUCAAGCUGAUAUGAAAGUGGAUUCUUUAAGUUUAACUGCUGCCAUACCAUCUCCAUCCCCUAUUGUUUGCAGUCAUUUGGAUGAUCUUUCUUAUCUUAUCCAGGACAAAAAUGACACUCUUGAUGAUAUUUUUCUGAUGCUCCUUCAGAACUGCCUUGGCCCAAAUGGGAGCUGCCCUUUGUCUGUCUAUAGUUAUGCUUUAUUGGUCCAGCGUAACUUAAAACUAACAAAUAGAUUCGUUCCAACACAAAAUGGGGUUAAAAAUUCGAGACAAAUUUCGCGGAAGGCUUCACGAGACCUGUUUGUCCAAAAAUUCUCCUGCAAAUCUCCAGUAUAUCACAAUUGUAGGAUCUAUGCAAAUGAUGGGCGCUUGCUUUGUUACUGUGAUCGCAGAAAGCUUGAGUGGUACCUUCGUCGAGAUCUGGCAAAACUUGUUGAUGACAACCCUCCUGGCAUAAUGCUUCUAUUUGAACCUAAGGGCCGUCCAGAAGACGAAGACAAUGAUUUUUACAUCCAGAGUAAGCAAAAUUUAUGUGUCGGGUGUGGUGAAGAAAAACACUACUUACGUUAUCGAAUAAUCCCCUCAUGCUACAGAAUGCAUUUCCCCGAGCAUUUGAAGAGCCAUCGAUCUCAUGACAUCGUCUUGCUUUGUGUUGACUGUCAUGAAGUUGCUCAUGCUGCUGCUGAGAAGUACAAGAGACAGAUUGCUGCAGAAUUUGGAGUUCCAUUAUUCGUUCCUAAGGUAUUUAAUCCAGAACAAGGUAUGCUUGUGUCAUCUGCAUCGGCGAUGAGCUUUGAGGGAAAUGGUGUAUCUCCUUUGCAGUUGCGAACAGCUGCUAUGGCUCUUUUGCGUCAUGGAUCAAGAAUGCCAUCCAAGCGCUGCAAAGAACUGAGACAGAUUGUCAUGCAAUUCUAUGGAGGAAGGGAGAUAUCUGAAGAUGAUUUGGAAAGAGCAUUAUUGGUUGGAAUGAGUCCUCAUGAGAGGAGACGACUUGAGAAAAAGAGGGGGUUGUCCUUUAAACAUGCCAAAGGAAGUUCAGUUUCUGACAAAGGGCAAGAGAAUGGUGCAAGGAGAAGAGCUGGUUCUGCUGUUUCAAAUACAUCAGAAUUUGAUGAUUCAAACAGUAUUGGAGCAGAGCCAUUAGGCGAAACAGAUGAUAGAGACAAUAUUACAAUGAUUGGUAAUGUGAGUAGCUUCAAUACAUGCUCCAAUCUUGAGGCUGAUGAAGAAGUCGUUGGAACUGUUUACAGAAAUAUACACUCCAACAAUAGUGAAACUUCUGAUGCGAAAGAUGUUUCCGUUGCAAAUGCUGGUUGUGAAAGCAGAAGCCUGAGAAAUGGAGCGGAUGACUUCACUUAUUCUUCACAUGAUGGAAGUGUCCCACCCAAGCAUAACUCCAAGCUUUCUUUGCUAGGACAUGGCCCUCAUGGGAAACAAGUUGUAGACCAUAUAUUGAAGGAAUAUGGGGAGGAUGGCAUUUCUCAGUUUUGUCAAAGGUGGAGGCAAGUGUUUGUGGAAGCUGUUCAUCCUCGGUUUUUACCAGCUGGAUGGGAUGUAAUGCACAGUGGCAGAAGGGAUUUCGGUGAAUUCAGUGUGUAUAAUCCCGGCAAAAAGGAUUCUGCUGCUGCAAAGAGUCAAGACAUUAGUGCUGCUUAAGUUGCAGUACCAUCCCGAGCCAGACGAUUGUCUUGGUGUUUCAUUGCGCAUUUGUGGAUUGGGUGAUAUCUAUUGAAGAGCAGAUACCACCAAGAUGGUUCAAACCGUCACGGUUCUUAAUGUGUCCGUGUUGUAUUGUUGUUUUAUUUCUUUUUUUUUUGGUUUCUAUAUAUCCAAGAAGUUGUAUGCUGCAUGCUCGCAAAGAUUUUUUGGUCGAGAAUACCAUGUUGGGAAUUUUUUAGCGUUAA